CAUUGCGAAGCGCAGUGGAGAGAGAAAUUAAGCGUUUAGAAAAGGAAGGAUCGAUCUAUCCGGUUGAACAUUCGGACUAUGGCACACCAAUAGUUCCAGUUAUUAAGCCAUCGGGGGAUAUUAGGUUAUGCGGGGACUACAAAUCGACUAUUAACCCAAAAUUAAAAAUGGAUCAUUAUCCGUUGCCGCGCAUCGAAGAAUUAUUUGCAGCCUUGAGCGGUGGUCAGGAAUAUUCUAAAAUUGAUCUGACGACCGCGUACAUGCAAGUACCUCUCCACCCCGAGUCGCAAGCGUGUACUGCGAUUUCAACGCACAUAGGUACCUACGCUUUCAAACGUACACCUUAUGGGUUGAACUGUGUCCCUCAAAAAUUCCAAAAAAUUAUGGAAGAGACUCUUAGAGGUUUACCAAACACGGUUGUCUUUUUAGAUGAUAUUUGCAUAACGGGAAAAGAUCGCGAAACACAUAAAAAUAAUCUGAGAGCUGUAAUCGAAAGAUUGGCGACUAUGGGCCUAACUGUAAAAAUAAAUAAAUGUAAAUUCUUACAAAAAAGUGUGUCAUACCUAGGAUUUAUUAUUGAUAAACAUGGUUUGCAUCCGGACAUGACAAAAGUGGAGGCUAUUGUGAAAGCUCCAACACCGGGAAACGUGACUCAAUUGAAAGCUUUUCUAGGCCUAAUAAAUUACUAUGGCAAGUUUGUUCCUAACUUAAGUUCAUUGCUACAUCCAUUAUAUUCUCUUUUAAAGAAAAAUCAGCCAUGGAACUGGGAUAUAAAUUGCGAAGACGCAUUUAUAAACAUAAAGAAUAUUUUAGCAAGCGACAGAGUGUUAUGUCAUUACGAUCCAGCGCUUCCGUUAGUUUUAUCAGUAGAUAGUAGCUCGUAUGGUAUAGGGGCAGUUCUGGCGCACGUAUUUGCCGACGGAACGGAACGGCCGAUCAGCUGCGCGUCUAGAACGCUCGGGGAUACAGAGAAGAACUACAGUCAACUAGAUAAAGAAGCAUUGGCGAUAAUGUACGGGGUACAAAAACAUCACCAAUACCUCUUUGGUAGAAAAUUUAUUUUAAAAACGGACCAUAAACCUCUGGUGUAUAUUUUUGGGCCAAAAGGGGGCAUUCCACAAACGGCAGCAAGUCGACUACAACGUUGGGCGGCUCAAUUGGCAGCGUAUGAUUUUGACAUCAAUUACGUGAAAUCAAAAUGUAACGGCAAUGCGGACGCGUUAUCUCGUCUACCAUUAGAGGGAAAAAAACACGACAGUCCAGUCAAAUCCGAAAAUCAUUAUUUACUAUAUAUGAAUGAAACGUUACCGGUAAGUUAUAAAGAGAUUGCAGUAGAAAUAAAAAAAGAUAAUUUAUUGAGUCGAAUUUAUGGAUAUAUUAUGUUCGGAUGGCCAGAGAAGUGUAAAGAGGAUGAGCAGGCAUUUUUUGUGAGGCGCGCAGAGCUGUAUAUUGAUCAUGGGUGUAUUUUAUACAAAUACCGAUUAAUAAUUCCUCAAAGUUUACAGGAACGGGUCUUAUUUGAAAUACAUUCAGGACAUUUAGGAAUUGUAAAAAUGAAGUCUAUUGCCAGAAAUUAUGUAUAUUGGCCUUCUAUAGAUAAAGAUAUCGAGUCGGUGGGACAGAAGUGUGAAGCAUGUCGAAAUGUACGGGACGCUCCUCCUAAAACCACUUUACAUCCAUGGGAAUUUCCGGCGGGACCUUGGAAACGACUACAUGCGGACUUUGCUCAAUUCCAUGGUAAAUAUUAUAUCGUCGUAGUCGAUGCUUAUAGUAAGUGGUUAGAAGUGGAACAAAUACGUAGUACCGCGGCGUACGAUACCAUUAAAUUUUUUCGUAGUUUAUUUUCUAGAUUUGGGCUAAUUGACCAACUGGUGACCGACAAUGGCCCGCCGUUCCAAAGUGCAGAGUUUAAGGAGUUCUGCAGUAAAAAUAUAAUCAGGCAUGUUACAUCUUCACCGUAUAGACCGCAAGGAAACGGAGCAGCCGAGAAUGCGGUUAAAACCGUGAAGAAAACUAUUAAAAAGGCGGUGUUAGAAGGGGAAGACAUACACGCUAGCUUAUGUCGAUUUUUAUUACAAUAUAGAAACUGUCCACAUGCAACCACAGGAGUAGAACCGGCAGUAGCUCUGUUAGGGAGGCGCCUGCGGAAUAGACUAGACGCGAUGCGCCCGAGUACAUCGAAGAUAGUUGCGGAUGCACAAAGCAAGCAAAUAGAAAGCUCGGGCGGAGUCGUACGAAAAUUCGAUAUCGGAGAUAAAAUAUUAACACGAAAUUACUCCACAAAGGACAAUAAAUGGAUCGAAGGGGAUAUAAUAGAAAAAACGGGGCCAGUAUCGUACAAAAUAUUGCUAAACAAAGGAAAUAUUUGUCGCAGACACACAGAUCAAAUAUUACCACUGAGGAAUAGUCGUUUCUCAUGGAACGUCGGACCCGGAUCAGAACCAGAAAGUACGGAGAUAAGUAUUACGGAUCAAUAUGUAAACACAAGACCGCGGAGACGAAACCAAAAUGCCAAGGAGUCGUAUUCACCCGGGAAGGAUGUAGAGGAGUCCACAACUCAGUUGGAGUCGCAGGAGUGCGGGGAGCAAACGUCGACCUUGACGCCGCCGCCGCGACCUGGGUGGGUACUAUCCCCGACGUCCGAGCUAGACGACGACGGGGGACGGUCGCCAUGUCUAGAAUCCCCAGUUGAAAUUAUGGAAAGACCUAAGAGAGCGUGCCGGCUACGUAAAAAAGAGUGAGAAGUAAGCCAUACCUACUCUUA